AUGCUACAAGCACAGUCAACUAAGCAAAUCUUGUUUGGAGUUGUUAAGAUGCUUCCAAUAUUGGGGAUUGUAGUACUACCUGGAGUUGUUGACGCUAGUAGCGAGGCUACCAACAACAGGGAUAUUGCCGGCAGCACUAUUGAAGUUACAAGUCUUGGUAGCAUGACUGCAACAGAUGUAGGCAGCCAUGAAGAAAGUGCAGGACUUGCACCAGCAACUAAUCCUAAUGCUUUGCCCAGUCAUUUUGCAGAUCUUGACGAUCUUUACAAUACUGGUUUUAAUGACAGCGACGAUGAUCCAGAGCUUAAUAAUUUCUCACGUUGGUUCAGUCAAAGCGAAAUUCAAGAACUUGAAAAACUGUUAAGUAGUCUGAGACCGGCUCCUGUGAUUUAUGCUAAUGAUGCGAAGUUCAAAUUAUUUUUAAAUAAUCUCAGAAUUGUUAAGGUUGUAGGCGAUUGGAUUGAAAACAAAGGAUUGGAGGACAAAGAUGGCUAUAGCAAUUGCAAGGGUGAUAUUUUUGAAUUGGCUGCCUUUGACAUAUGGCGUAGAUUUAGGUCCAGAGUUCCAAAUCCGCAAAACAACGAAGAAAUGUUUGUAAUAAAUAUAGUUAAUGUAGCGAUCAGCCAAGGUGCUUCCCCAGAGCUUAGUGAAGUGGAUGUAUCUAACAUUGAACAAGUACCGACGCAUGCGUUGAAAUUCCUAGAAGACAAUCUUGGAACUAAGAUUUUGAAGAGGAAACUUGCUGGCAAACCAUAA